GCGCUCAGCUCGCAUUUUACAUAACCCAGUUUUCAGAAUCCCCCUGAAGCCUAUUUGGCAGUGCUGAUUUUCUCACAAGUGCUUUUAUUCUGUUUCUUGAAGACGCUCACGGGUUAUCCAUGGACAGAGUCGGACUUGGACCCCUCCAUUUAAUCCCAAUCUGAAGCGGUGCGGCGGGAGAGGGCGGCGAGGACGGUCCUCGAGGUUCUGAGAGAGCAAAUGGACGACGCGGGUGGAGCGAGGGGGGUUUUGGGCAGGCGGAGCUUCAAGCAACGGCUGAGACUGAACGGGUUCGGAUGCUGUGGGGCCACCUGGGGCUUCGGACGGACGGCGGCGAUUGGCGCCAGAGAGGAUGAGGAAGAUCAAGAACCGCAAAAUCUUCCGCCACAAGAACGAGUGGUUAUAACUGUGCGCCAGGCUGAAUCGGUUAAUAUUUGGAAUCCGGAUUGCGUUGCUCCGGUUUCGAACGGGUCGGGUAUGAAUUUAGCUGCCGCUCUGGCAGCCGAGCGACAGUUCCGGGAUCCGCAGGAUACGGAGGCAGAGGGGUCGGUGGGUCCCGCGGAUAAUGCAAGGACGGGAACAACGGCACCGGGAACGCCGAUGAGAGUGUCGCUGAUGAGGCUGCUUGAGGAGACGGAGAUGGACGGCUGCGACUCGUUUGGCGGUGGCGCGACGGCGGACAGUGAAAAAGCAGCGGAGGGAGGGAUAGGGAAUGAUUCGAUGUGCUGCGUGUGCAUGGCAAGGAAAAAAGGCGCGGCUUUCAUCCCAUGUGGGCACACAUUUUGCAGGGUGUGUUCGAGGGAGGUGUGGUUGAAUCGAGGUUCCUGUCCCCUCUGCAACCGUUCGAUCCUCGAGAUCCUUGAUAUAUUCUAAUGAUCGUCCGAUUUGAUUGGAUAAUCGAAGAAAAAACAAAAAACCAGAAAAUAUUGGAUGUGAUUGUUUGUGGGAAGAUGCCUCGAGAUUGGUGCAUUGUUGAAACUUUGAUGGUGGAAUUUUCAAUGACUGGAAAAUCCAAUUCAAUUUUUUCACAUGUAAUAUGGGGGUUCUUGAAUUUAAUUAGUGUUUCCGUGACUCUAUUUUUCUGCAACUUGAAAGGUACAAUGUGCAUUUUGUGUACAUUUUUAUGGUAA